CCUCACCUUACCUUUGCGCGCUUCCGUAGCUAUCAGACCGUGAUCGCGUGUCCUCCUAAACAACACGAAUACCCUCGAAUCACCAAGAUGAUUGUUCCCAUCCGUUGCUUUUCGUGCGGCAAGGUCACGGGCGACCUGUGGGAGAAGUACAUGACCAUUCUCAGUGAAGGCAAAGAAGAAGCUGAGGCCCUCGACGAGAUCGGUCUCCAACGCUACUGCUGCCGCCGCAUGAUUCUUACCCACGUCGAUCUCAUCGAAAAGCUCCUCAAAUACAAUGCUAGCGAAAGAGAACAAGCCCGCGCCGCCCGGGGAGGACGAUAGUCGGCAGACGAUACGGACAGGCAAUUUGGAGUUUUGGAACGGCAUACUUUAUCAUGGCGAGGCGUUUUUCGGGCGAAGCAUAUUGGGUUGAACUAGAUCUUCUUCCAUCCACGAUCUGGAAGUCUGCAAAGACAGGAAAUGCCUGACUAUAAUGAGAGUCGCUAGCCUGCGUGGACGUAGUUCCAUGCGCAGGCACGUGCAGAGUGCGGGAUUACAACAUCUACCUGACGGACAGAGCAAAGGAAACCCAGUUCUUGAUUACUCUUAACAUCCCUUACCUUCACUCCCCCAAUGUUCCUCCACCCACUCCGUCAUAAUAUCCGUGAAGCUUUUCUCGUUAUCAAACGCCUCAGUAUCCUCCAGCCCACGCUGCGCACCCAAGUACUCAAGCGCCAGCAAUAUCCAUUUCUCAAUGAACUGAUUAUACAUGAGAUCAACGGUUUCUGGUUCUUGGACUUUGUUUCCUGGUCGAUCGAAG